CUGCCCUUCCGCAAAUCGACCCAGCUCUCGCUGUCCUCGACGAUACGACAGUACAUCAACACCAAAUAUGACCAGCACCCGGACAUGUUCCGUCAGGACCUCGAGGUCAUCGACGCCCUCCGCCGCGAUGCGGUGAAUGUCAGAGAGCCGCACCCCAGCGGCAUCAAGAAGCUGCAGGCCUACGCGGGACAGCUCGCCUGGAUCGGUGGAAAGUUCCCAAUCGAUAUCGGAGCCGAGUUCACCUGGUACCCAGCUUUAGGCUACAACACCGAGCGACCGAUGGUACGGAACAACCUCAAGUACGAGCUCAUGAACGUGCUCUACAACCUCGCCUCGCUAUACUCGCAGCUCGCUGUCGCGCAGUCACGAACAGGCACCGAGGGCCUGAAGACCGCGGCGGGCCAUUUUUCAGCCGCUGCCGGCGUGCUGCAGCACAUGCAGAAGGAGGUCCUCCCCGAGCUGCGCAUGUCGGACCCGCCCGAAGACAUGGACGCCAACACGCUCGAGUCGCUCACACAGCUCCUUCUGGCGCAGUCCCAGGAGUGCUUUUGGCAGAAGGCCGUUAUGGACGGGUACAAAGAUGCCAUCAUCGCUCGCCUGGCGGCGCGGGUGUCGGACCUGUACAGCUCGGCGGGCGAGGCGGCCAUGAAGAGCGAGGCUAUCAGCUCUGCUUGGAUUCACCACAUGAGCGCGAAGCACCACCACUUCGCCGGAGCUGCGCAGUAUCGUGCUGCGUGCGACUGUUUAGAGAAGAGGCGGUACGGCGAAGAGGUUGCUCGGCUGCAGGAUGCUGUUGCAUGCGUAAACGAGGGACUGAAGGAGAGCCGUGGAGGGUACCUGAACAAGGCCGUACUCGAGGAUCUUAAUGGACUCAAGAGAAAGGUCGAAGAAGAUCUCAAACGAGCGGAGAAGGACAAUGACGUUAUCUAUCUACAACCUGUGCCGCCAAAGUCAGAGCUCAAGAUUCUCGAGAGAGCCAAUAUGGCUAUUGCUAAAACCCCGCCUCAAGUCGCGAACCCGUUCGAUUAUCUCGGAGAUCAAGCCGAGUUCGGCCCAGCCCUCUUCACGAAGCUCGUGCCGUUCUCUGUGCACGCAGCCAUCACCAUGUACGAACAAUCGCGUGAUCGUAUAGUAAACGAGAACAUCAUUGGCGAGUUGGAAAGGCUCACAGAACAGUUGCAUGUUAUGCUCAGUUCUGCCAAUCUCCCCGGCUCGCUACAGGCCCUCGAAAAGCCUUUGGGUCUACCUCACAGCUUGGUUCACCACGCCGAAGAAAUCCGACAAGCAGACGCCUUGGGCCGCAUCCAGAGAGCGUUUUCCGAUAUUGACAAGCUUCGCAACGCGGACAUCUCAGUCUUCAACGAGGGCAAAGCCAUCCUCGCGGCAGAGGAAGAAGAGGACCAGAGGCUCAGGCGCAAGUACGGUACCGAUAGGUGGUCAAGGCCGGACAGUCGCAGCGAUCCUCAGGGCAGUGCGUUCUGGGCCCAAGUGGCCGAAAUUGAGGGCUACUUCGCCAGCAGCACGAGUAGUGAUGCGGUCGUGAGAGACAAGUUCAGGGAGGUGCAGGACCUAUUAGAGAUGCUGUCGGGGUCCGAUCGGACUUUAAUGGACUAUGUCCCUUCCAGCAGACGCAUGGACAUCCCGGAGCCCUUGAAGCCAGUCAUAGGAAGACUGCGCGGGGCGUACAACGAUGUCCUGCGUCUUGAGUCGAGAAGGAGAAAGAAGGCCGAGGCGCUCCGGGAGAAGGCCAGAACGGAUGACAUCAAGCCGGACAUUCUCAAGGAGGCGGCUCGCCUGGAGAGGACUUACCCCACCACGGCAAUAGUCCCCGCACAUUUCGAUGACUUUUUUGAGAAGCGCCUGGACAAACUUUAUGAACCGGAGAUCGAGGCUGUCAAAAAGGAAGAGGAGGAACAAGACCGUCUGAUGACAGAGGUGCAACGAGUCAACCGUGAGUUCGAAAGUCAGAAGAAGAACCUGGCCAGCGGCAGCCGCGAGCGCGAGCAGGCGCUGCAAAGACUCGACAACGCGUAUUAUAAGUACAAGGAGAUCGUCAACAACGUCGACGUGGGUCGGAAGUUCUACAACGACCUGAGUAAAGUGGUGGGCCAGAACUUCCGCGAUCCGGUCAAGGCGUGGGCUGCGGAGCGGCGGAUGGAUGCAAAGAGUCUUGAAGAGGAGGUCAACAUGCCGCCUCUCGGCUCCCUGAACAUCAACAGGUCCCCGGUACACUCGCCGUCGGGCUCAAACUACGACCCCCGCUCCAACUCCUACUUCAACGCCAGCGUCGUUCCUGGCUCCUCCCCACCGCAACAGCAACCUCCGUCGCGGCAUGAGGUUCACUCCCCGGCCGAGGCGCAUAUCCAGUCCUGGGCUGGAUCGACCGUGGAACCGCAGCACCCACGACCCGCACCGGCCUUGUCCGGUAGUAUGUGGCAACCGGAAAUGGGUAUAAAAUUCGGCAACGCUGCCGGCGCCCCGGCCGCGGCCAACACGCAGGGCCAGCAGACCCCUAACAAGCCCCCACAGACCGGCGGCACUUGGGAUCCGGGUUCCGGAAUAAGAUUCGGAUAG